GACAAAACCAACUUUCCCUAGCAUUAUUCUAAAAUAUGGACGUGGAAGUGCCGUUUGUCGAACAAAACCGUUCUCAGCGACGGAACGAGUUGAAAUGGGACCAGAAAACGCACCGUAAAAAGGAAUUGGACCGGAAUCGGGCCGGAUUAGGUGAGCUUCAUCACUCGAUCGGCGUGAUGGAAACCAUAACGGAAACGGAAAUCAAGGGGCUAGCUGGGCGGAUUAAACGCCGGAAACGCUGCGAACCGCUUGAUCUCGUACGCCUCAGUUACGGGUUUCAGCAGAGCCGUGAGAACAUAUCGCACUUUAUCCGAAUCACCGGCGCCAUCAACGUGAUCGUCAAGGAACUGACCGGCCACGAUUACAAUCUUCAGCUGCUUGCCGCCGAGUGCAUCUGCAAUUUAUCGCUCGGGGACGACGUGUGCUGCGAGAAGAUUUCCACUUUCGCCGGAACUUACCUGAUAGCGCUGGCAGAAAACCCUAACUGCCGGCCGCUGCAACAGACCUGCCUUUGGAUUCUGCAAAACAUCGUCGGAUCCAGCCCGAAAGGAGCGGAGGUGCUGUUCUCGCAGGGUCUGGUUGUGGUGCUGAUUCGACUGCUGUCCUCCGUUACGGAUCACGAGGCGGCCGAUGAUAUCAUUCUAACGCUCGAACUGGCUCUCAACUAUAAUCAAGAGACUAGCGCCACGCUGGAUCAGAUCGUGCAGUGUUUCACCGGGAAAGCGCUUCACCCGAGUAGUCUACGGUUGCUCUACAAAUGCUACAAUCUAUUGCCGGCUAAGGACGCUAAUACGGCACAUGGAGAAUGUUCGGAAAGCAUUAUACGAGGAUGUGUCGAUUAUCUGGCCAGUGUCCUUGGAACAUAUCUCGAAUCACAGGCCGCAUCGAUUUUGCUCUCCAUCCGGAUCCUUGCCCACCACCUGGCAGCAACUCCCACCAGCCGAAACAUCUUGGUAUCGCAUCUUAUGACUAGGAAUACUUUGAAAUUCUCCGACCUUUUCAAUGAGUGUGCUGCAUCAAACCUAACGCCGCUCUGCAAGGAGUUACUGUGGUUUCUCGGUCAACUUCAGUCCUUCUUCGGCGAAGAUCCUGCACAGCUCCAAACAUAUCUCAGCUUCGACAAUUUCGUGGAGCACCUUAACGUUCCUAAAUCCCUUAUGUGAAACAAUCGCGCGGAUUGAUCCUGGAUCUUUAUCUAUACUGGAUGGAAGAUAAGUCUUUGAAAUGAAUAU